AGAUGGUGAAGGGGAAGGAUUGGAGCUUGGAACUCUAUGCUGUGUGACGAAUGCCCUAGGGAAGAAGACGAAGGGGUCGCACAGAGAUGAAGAAGCUUAAGUUAGACAGUAGGGGAGGGGAGCAGAGUGAGAGAGAGAGAGAGAGAGAGAGAGAGAAAGCCAAGCAGAUGACUAUCGUUUGCGAGGAUGUGGAGACUCUGGGUAGAUUUUUGAGUUACUUAGUUGUGUAGGUCAUCGUGAGAGCGUGUAGAAGAAUUACAAUAACAAUGAGGUUAAGAGGAUGUAAUUGACAUGGUUAGGGAGGAACUAGUGUAGGGCACAUGUGACAUAGAACGAUUGGGGGGUGUUGCGAUGCUGCCACCGCAUUGACACGUUCCCUUCCUCUUCAUUUCACACCACUUGGGACUUCUCCGCAUUGCGACUUCGGUGUAUUAGUGUGUGUGUGUGUGUUUGCAGCUUCCUCUUGGUUGGGAGGGUCCUUUCUCAUUUUUGUCUGAGCCUGUUUCCGAUGUUCUCAACGACAUAACGUUGGAUGAAUUGAGCCAGGGAUAACCUGCCCUGCCUGGUGCGGCACUUGGAAAGAGACUUGUACACGUUCUGCUUCUGACUCAACCCUAAUCCCACCUUUACUAUUUGGGCCUCUUCAUUACUCUCUCCCCCUGCCCCUCUUUUUCUUGCAUCUCUGAUGCUUUAGUCUUCAUUCCACAUCUGAUUUUGGGGCCGAUAAUUCCUUCGGGAUCUCUUGCCUUCCUCUUCUCAAUCUGCUCUCCCACCUACCGCUGUCCUCAUGCAGUUGCCACCUCUUUCUCCUCGCUGCUUUUGUCGAUUCUUUUCACAUCCAUCUCCCCUGGUUGCUCGUUUCCCUCGCCCUUGCACCUCUCGCAAUGUUCAAUCAGGAUUGGUUUUUAGUUUCCUUUUCUCUUACAUCCGGUAAGGUAGGCUGUUUUCGUUUGGUGCCCAAUUGGACACGGUCUUGAAUCAAGUGAUCCCUAUUCUGCUCAAACAUUUCACUACCGAUUCCCCCAGCCUAAGUGUAUGGGAGGGAGAGGCAGAUGGGCGACAAGAAGGACGCAGUGUAACAAACGGCCUGGGGCCCUACACAAAUCAUGCCGAGUCUGUCGCACACAGCACUGCAAUCGUCAACGGCUUCUCACAGUAAUGGCUCAGCCCACCCCCCAGAUGCACGCUCCGCCUCUGUCUGGACUCGCUCCAACACCGAUGAUGUCAGUCUUUCCCAGCUGCAUAAGUUCUGGGGUGGAUUGUCAGUUGUGGCUCGCCGCGACUUGCUACGCAUUGAUAAGCAGACACUUUUUGAGCAAGUUCGUAAGAAUCUGUAUUGCUCUCGGUGUCAUGGACUACUUGUGGAGGGGUUCAGUCAAAUCAUACUCUAUGGAAAGAGCCUGCAGGCAGGCAUGGUAGGCCAGAAUAGUGGUGGAGGAACCACUGGCAAGCAGGUGUCAGGAAAGGGGCACUAUGCUGCAGUUGCAGGUUUCGCUGAUGACUCUAAGGACCCAUCUGUUCACCCCUGGGGUGGCUUAGCAGCCACUCGUGACAGUAUGCUGACGGUCUUGGAUUGUUUUCUGGAUGGGAUGCCGCUUGAGGUGCUUCAAAAUGUGUUUGAAUGUGCUCGGGCGCGAGAGCGAGAGCGGGAGUUGCUGUACCCAGAUGCAUGUGGAGGAGGCGGAAGAGGUUGGAUUUGUCAAAAUGGGAGUUUCAAUGGACGUGGACAUGGGUUGAAAGAGACCUGUGCUCUUCACACAGCUAGGCUCUCUUGUGAAGCGUUAGUAGACUUCUGGUCUGCUUUGGGAGAUGAAACAAGGCUCUCCCUUCUAAGGAUGAAAGAGGAAGAUUUCAUAGAGAGGUUAAUGUUCAGGUUCAACAGCAAGCGCUUUUGCCGAGAUUGCAGGCGUAAUGUUCUUCGGGAGUUUAAGGAAAUGAAGGAGUUGAAGCGAUCCCGGAAAGAACCUCAAUGCACUCAAUGGUUUUGUGCUGCUGAUAGUGUAUUUCGCUACGAGGUAUCUAAGACUGCAGUGCAUGUGGAUUGGCACAACUGCUUUGUUGGUGAUGGGGGUAGCCCUUUUCAGCGUUUUGAAUGGGCACUGGGCACUGGUGAAGGAAAGAGUGAUAUUUUUCCCUUUGAAGACGUGGGUCUAUCUGAGUUUGCUUAUGUGGAUAACCUUGAUCUUGCGAAUAUAAGUGCUUGUUUCAUUGUCGUACGUGGUUGGAAUCGAGAUGGUCGCUGCACGGAGCUCUCUGCUAAAGCACAUGCUCUGAAAGGACAGUUGUGUGUACAUCGACGGUUGAUUAUUGGAGAUGGUUAUGUGUCGAUCACCAAAGGGGAGAGUAUACAACGGUUCUUUGAGCGGGCGGAGGAGACAGAAGAGGAGGACGAAGAUGCUGUUGACAAGGAUGGAAAUGAUUACGAGGGUGAGGCUUCUCGCCCGCAGAAGCAUGCGAAAAGCCCUGAGCUUGCACGGGACUUCUUAUUAGAUGCCGCUACUGUUAUUUUCAAAGAGCAGGUAGAAAAGGCCUUUAGAGAAGGCACAGCACGCCAAAACGCUCAUAGUAUUUUCGUCUGCUUAGCUUUGAGCUUGCUUGAAGAGCGUGUUCGCGUUGCUUGCAAGGAGAUUACAAGUCUUGAGAAACAGAAUAAGCUCUUAGAGGAAGAAGAGUAUGAAAAGCGUGAGGAGGAGGAGAGACGAGAGCGAAGAAAACAGAAAGAGAAAGAGAAGAAGUUGCGUAGAAAGGAGAAGCUUAAAAGUAAAGAGAAAGCCAACAGAAGGAAUUGUUCCUCCGUCACUUUGAAUCCAAAUGGUUGCCUCACAGCAAGUUCAUUAGAUGUAGAUCAUGAGGAGGAACAGGAUAGCAAUUCAGGCAGCCAAGUGGAAGGGACGGAAAGUAAUCAUAGCGAGGAUAGUAUGUCUGCAAGACCCUCAUCUCCUGACACCGUUGAGGCGAGACCUUCAGCUGACGGUUUUGACAGUGAGAAUGGAGGCUCCAGUCAGCAUGAAGCAUUAGCUCCUGCGCAGAUUACUGAUGAUGCUCUGGGUUUGAGGGAUGGAAAUGGCGCCUUCAUUGUAGAAAGAUCUAAAUCUGCCAAGAGGAGAACCCAGGGUCGAAAAACGUCGAUUGAUAACUCUAAUGGAAGUUUUAGACGAGGGUCUAUUCCUUCACUGGAAGCUGAUGGCAAUUUACGAAUGACACUUAACCCACAUUCUUCUGAAGUGAAAGAGGUAUUGAGCUCUCAAGAACACCAGAGGAAUAAUGUUCGUAAAGUUGGGGUCAAAGCUGUCACGAAGCGGGUGGAUGGCUGGUCGAGCUCUCCAACAUAUAAUAGUAACAAUAGGGAUGAAACGCUUCAAUCCUGCGCUUGUGGUAGUUCUCAUGUCGGCUCUCGUUCUAAAGUUGGCCAACGUGGUCCUGGUAGACCAGGAGUUCGAGAACCAAAUGCAAGUGUUGGAUCAGGAGAACGCUCUAUUAUUGAGGGUCUUUCUGGAAAAACCCUUCAUCGAUCUGAUAACGUGGAUCCAGCACUUGUCCGGAGGUCAACUGAGCAAUCACUAGGAAUGUCAGUUACAGCUAACAUUUUCGAUCGAAGGGAUCAGAGGGCAGGGAGUAUCACGGACAGAGCUGCCAAAACAUUACAUUCAAGAAGCUCUUCACUGGAUUUGGGUUUUGGGGCAUCAAGUGGUCACUGUGGGGUGCCAAAGUCAUCCCCAAAUGGAGCAGUGGGGCAUGGGUCACUUGUUAAUGGCUUGCCUGCGUCUGUUGCGUUGAAACCCAUGUGGACUCCGCGUGCAGUAAACGCCCCAAAUGGCUUAACAGUGAAGGUGUCCGGAACUCUUCCUUUGGAUAGUGAGCAUGGGAAGGAUGACCACGCUCUUAUUGGAUCACAAGCAAGACCUGUGAGCCCUUGGCCUCCUCCAUUCAAAUCAGCUUCACCAAAAGCAUCGAGCAUUGUAUUUGAAGACUUUCCAGGGAGUGCAGAAGAAGAGUCCACAGUCACUGAACACCUAUCCACUAGCGCAGAGGAAGAAGAAUUAGAAAUGCCCGCUCCUAAUGCUCCAGUCCUACCUCGGACUGUUAUCACCACUGAUGAUAGCCGGGGAAAUCUCAUCACUAGCGAAAUCGACUUCAAAGUUGGGGGUUCUCCUGGAACAUCUGCACCUAACUCAGAAGACGAGUCAGUCUCUGUGCAAGAAGUGGUACCUGCUGUAAACGCAGAGAAUUGUGUUGUACUUGAAGACAUAAUAUAUACUGAUUCUCGACAAGGAUCGUCAGAAGAAGGGCAAGAUUCUCCACGAGUACUAAGACCAGUUGCUACACAAGGAGCCUUAAACUAUGUGCCUGAAACGGGCUUGAUCACACAGCAGCAUCAUAGCUACCGAAGUGCGGGUAUAUUGUCAGGGCCAUCUGCACAUGUUCAUACUAAUAGUCACCAACAGGUUAACUUUCCCCAGGGGAGUCUUUUGAGGCCACCAAAUAACGGCAUGUAUGCUUACACCACAGACAUGUUGGCUUCCCAAGGACACUUGCAAAAUGCUAUACAACCUCCGAGCAUGGCACCUGGUGCAAUGAACAUGCGCCAUCCACGGCCUUUUGGAUUCUUUCCAAUGGGUCCAUGGGCAGCGCGUGGCAGGACAGGUGUCUUACCUCCUCAAGCUUGUGUUUAUGCUGUUUCUGGACCUGGAGGAUUACCCAUGGGAGUACUUCCUCCAAUAUCUUUAGCUGCUCCAGGAUCUGUAUCGCCAGGGGGGUUUGCACCUAAUCAUUUAUCCGCAAUUCCAGACGGAUUAAACCCUCUACAAAUCCGAGACAAUCAACACAAUGGAACUCACCAGAUGUAUUUGUCCCGAUUCGGCGAUUCGCCAGGAAGGGGAUCACAUGGUCGAAUAAUGGUUGAAAGAACUCCAGGUUUGAAGUCUGAUGGUAGUCAGGUGGAGGGGACUUCGGCUGCAGAUGUGGGGCAUGUUCGUGAGGGACAAAAGUUUCUUGGUCAUGCUCUCUCGAAUGAUUCUCAAUCACCUUUGCUUGGCAUGAAGGAAAGGCAUCACACUGCCUCACCAACCUCAGCGGAUUUCUCUUUCUUCCAUUCUAAGUGGCCUAUAUCGGGAGGGACCAACAAGACUGAGGCAUUUACCAAGGCUUCAGAUUCAGAUACUUAUCGUUCGAGUAACCUUCCCGUGAGUUGUGCAGAGAGAACACAGUGUUUACUUGGACCCGACGGAGUUUCGAAGUCGAGCUUACCUGUGGGAGAGUACAGUCUCUUUGCGUCUGCACCUAGCAAGGGUUUUGGCUUAUUCGGCGCAAGAGUACAAGGACCCAUGUAGUUGCUCAAAUUCAUUUUUCAGGUAUUUAUAGUACUUAGAAAUAGUGUGAGUAGUUAGACAGUGAUACUGGAAAUGACACAAAUCUUUGUAAAAGAGUGCUUCUGUUCCCCACUACAAGAUAGAAGGGGUUCCUAAAGCCAAGAGUAUGGUGCAAAUUUAUGUAUGAGAUUAAAUUAAAUCUCUCCAGAUUGAUUAAUUUUACUUAUUUCAGCCUCGAUCACUUCUCGAUCA